AAAAUAGUUCACCUAUGGAUCUUGACAAGUCAUUUCUAGUAACCAAUGAUUCCUUAUCCAGAGAUGAUUAUGUUUCUCUAUCCCAAGAUGUCUUUGAUUCAACUUUCCAAAAUGCAUCAAAUGUUUACCCCCAAGAUAUUUUAGAUCACUCAUCUGUUAAUACUAUAGAUCAAACUAAUAUGGCAGAACUUAAACAAAGAAGAAAAACUUAUGUUUCCCAGACCCGUUCUCUUGUUAGUAAAAGGAAAUCAAUAUCAGAUAAAGUCUUUCAAAAUGCUGUAACAAAAAAAUUCAAAGCAAAUAAAAAUGCCUACACACCUGAAUUUGUUUCCCUAGCUACUCAAAUGAGUAAUAUUGGUCAGAUGUCUUUAUCCUCAACUGUUCAAUGUACAAAGGAGAUCUUUGCCUUUCUAACUGGUCAAUCACCUGAAUCCUGGUUAUCCCAUAGAACAUUGGCAAGGUGGAAUAAAGAGGUAGCUCAAGUUGUGAUUCAUGACAAUCUUCCUAAUAAAGAUUGUAGAUUCUUUUCUUAUGGUAUUAUUGCAGAUGAAAGCACUAGAGGAGAGAAAAAAAUUUUCUUAGUAUGCUUGUCAUAUUGGAACCAUCACACUAAUGAACCCUUACUUUCUAUAAUCCGAAUGGUAGAUAUAGAAUGUUGUAGUGCUAUUGUUGUCUGUGAUACUAUAAUAGAAUCAUGUCAAUCUUAUAAUAUAUGUACAAAUAAAUGUCUGUACUGGCUUACUGACAAUACUGGAUAUAUGUCUGGGGAAAAGGGUGGUGCUGUAGUUGAGUUCAAAAAAAAAACAGGAUCAAAGACAGUUAGGAUUCCUUGUGGCCUCCAUGCAAUUCAUAUUGUUGUAAAUGCUUUUGAGAAAAUUACAUUUGGCAGUAAUCCUAAUCCCUCUGGUUUGUCCUUACGUCCACAUCCUUUUAAUCUACUGAAUCUUGCCUACUACCUUCACAAUGGUUACAAUGAUUCAGAUAAAGAUAAUCCUCUAAACAUGAAAACAGAAACAAUUAAAAAGUUGUAUUGGACCUUUCUCCAAUAUCAAUUGAAAAAUUACCAAAAACCUAUUUCAACCAGAUGGCUAUACCAAUUAGAAACAGCCAAACAGUAUCUUGACAGAAAAGAUAUACACCUUGUGUUUGCAAGAUUUUUUGUUGAUCAGUUGAUGUCCUCAAAAAAUGUGCCAGAGAGAUAUUAUCAUAAGUGGACUACUUUCCUCAGUUGGUUACAGGAUGAAAAAAUGAAUAUUUUAAUUAGAAUUAUGGUACAAUUUGGCAAAUGGUUCUAUGAACGAUUAUUCCAUUUUCUUACUGGAGCAGACCCUUGUCCUAGGGUACAACAUAAUGGCACCCCUAAAACACUCCCCAAUGGUUAUCGAGCUCAUGAGCUACCAGAUAUGGUGGGAAAAUGGACCAAGGAAUUGAAUGAGGUUGUAGAGAGACCAGAAAUCAUUUUCUUUGAAGAAUUUCAGGCUGCAAGUGAGCACCUAGAAGAAAAUGAUUAUAUUGAUUUAAUGAAUAAGGUCAAAGCAGGAAUUUGGUCAAUAGUUGUUCAUCAGCAGCAUGUAGAGGGCAUGUUUAAUAAAUAUGAUUUAAAGAUACAUGCCAAUAUGAAUAUUGAUUUGCAAGAAUCUAGACUACAACUUUCAGGACCUAAACCUUUAGGAUGUAUGCUUACUUCAGAGAAACUAAAAGAUGUUUGUGCUCAACAGCAUAGAAUUACUCCCAAUCCAAUAAAUUUGAACUUUGGUGAGGAGGCAACCAAAAAUAUAUUAAAACAUAUACUAAAAAAUAAAUAA